AUGGGCCAAGGAACAACUUACCGUAGAUUGCAGAGUUCGAGUGUUGACAAGACGGGAGAAUCACCAGCAGCGACAGAAGCGUACUGGUCGCCGACGAAUAAUGGAAUGUCACGGACGUACGCGUGUAAGGCGUCUUUUCAGUCGUCCGUUGUCGGUCGAAAAACGAAUGCAACGAAUAACAUUACAAUAUCAGCAAUGCCGUGUAACUUGGGCAAGUGGCGAGCAAGUGGAACGGUAGAGAGUAAAAAGGACAGUCGUGUAUGUUACUUUAUUAAUCUGACGUUUACCGACAAGGCGUGCGAGCAGAAACGUGCAAGACGACGAUAA